AUGGCUGACCAGACUAUCCCGACUUUCAAGCUCGUUCUUGUUGGUGACGGAGGAACCGGAAAGACCACCUUUGUCAAGCGCCACUUGACUGGUGAAUUCGAGAAGAAGUACAUCGCCACUCUUGGUGUGGAGGUCCACCCUUUAUCAUUCUCAACAAACUUUGGCACCAUCUGCUUCAACGUAUGGGAUACUGCUGGGCAGGAGAAGUUCGGUGGCCUCCGGGAUGGGUAUUACAUCCAGGGCCAGUGUGGCAUCAUCAUGUUCGACGUCACCUCCCGUAUCACGUACAAGAACGUCCCCAACUGGCACCGUGACCUCGAGCGUGUUUGCGAGAACAUCCCAAUUGUACUGUGUGGUAACAAGGUUGAUGUCAAGGAGCGAAAAGUGAAGACUGGCCAGGUGACCUUCCACCGGAAGAAGAACAUCCAGUAUUUCGAGAUCUCGGCGAAGUCAAACUAUAAUUUCGAAAAGCCGUUCCUUUGGCUCGCCCGAAAACUCGUUGGCAACCCGUCCUUGGAUUUCGUUGCUGCGCCUGCUCUCGCGCCUGCUGAGGUGCAGGUCGACGCUGCACUCAUGGAGCAAUACCAGAAGGAGUUGCAGCAGGCCGAGGCUGUCCCCCUUCCCGAAGAAGACGACGACCUGUAA